AUGGAGAAAUACACAAAUUCUUGCAGAGUCCUGGUGUCCCUUCUCCAGAAACAGAACCACAAGCACCGGAACCAGUCCCCACCAUGGUUCAUAGGGCUCUCUGUGUUUAUGGUAUCACAGUAUCAAGGUAUAAGAAGCCGUCUGCCCCAAGAAUUCUUCCUGUACACCCGCCCUGUGAACAACAAGUGUAUCUUCAUUAAUGAGAGAGAAGUGACUCAGGACUUCCACUUGCUCCCAGGAUCUUACGUCAUUGUCCCCUCGACGGCGGAGCCGGACCAGCAGUGUGAAUUCAUCCUGAGGGUCUUCUCCAGGAAACACAUUCUAGAAGAACAAGGAGAGAACCCCAGCCCGGUCCUGUGCUGCAAGAAAAUUGCUGAUAAACAGGAUGAGCUGGAAACUGUUAUCAUCAGGUAUUUUGAAAAGCACCCAGAAAUCAAUGUCUCCCAACUACAGAUGCUGUUGAACAAAGGAAACUGGACAAGCGCAAGGCAAGCUCCGGUGAAGUUUAGCCUAGAUGCCUGCAAAGUCAUUAUGGCUCAGUUGGACGUUAGAGCAUCUGGGACCCUGAACAUGAUAGCAUUUCUCAACCUCUGGAAUCAGUUACUAUCUCAUCACGAGAUUUUCCAAAGGAGAGACAUUGACAGAUCGGGAUUUCUGAAACUCAGUGACCUCCAAGCUGCCAUACAAGAAAAAGGAAUAACAUUAAGC